AUGAAGGCUCUAACAUUAUCUGGAUUGCAGUUAUAUAAGACCGUACUCGUAAAUCUCUCACUUCUCAGAACUACCUUUGCUUUAGUGCCAACACAGUCCCCAAAAAAUGUCAUCGCAAACGUGUUGAAUUCAACGGCAGUACAGAUCAGAUUUACCGCUCCAGAUCAACAGAGAAUUCCUGGGGUUAACCUUGGGUAUAAGGUAGAGUUCUGGAAAGGAGUUCCACAAAAAGGAGUUCUGUAUCGUCAAGUAAUGGUAGAUCCCACUUCAAAAGAUCUUGUGGUGAUUGUGGAUGGUCUGGAGAAAUAUGGACACUAUAAUGUAACGGUUCUUUGUUACACUUCCCCCGGUGAUGGACCAAGAAGCCCUCCUGUGUUUGUAGUUACAGAUGAGGAUGUUCCUGGGCCAGUUAGUGGGUUGAGCAUUGCCGAGGUAAAAUUAAUUUUAUCAUCCUUCGCACAAGUUCCCCUCAUAUUUUGAAU